AUGGCAUCCGUUCGUCGUAUCGCCCAAAUCGUUCACCUGAAGCCCUCCGCUGUGGCUGCAUACAAGGAAUGUCACGCCAAUGUUUGGCCUGAAGUCCUUCAACAGAUCAAGGACUGCAAUAUCAAGGACUACUCAAUUUUCUUUGACAAUGAUCGCACCCUAUUCGCAACAUUCAAAUACGUGGGUACAGAUUUCGAAGGAGACAUGGAGCUCAUGCGCGCAAACCCAAAGAUCAGAGAGUGGUGGGCCAUGACUGAUAGAAUGCAGGACAGUCCCAUCCCCGGCGCAGUGAGCAGCGCAGAUGGGCCCGGAUGGUGGAAGGUAUUGGACGAAGUUUUUUACACGGAGUAA